UACAUAUGAUAUGACUACAAAUCGAUUAAUUAAACGACACAAAUGGCAUAUCGAUCUAAGAAAUAUAAAACCUUCAGACAAAAUAUCAUCAGUUUUAAAUCAGAAUUUAACUAUUGCUGACAUACCUUCUCCUAAUGGAUUUAAUUCAUCUUAUAAUCUAAUUCAAGAAAUUGCUACAAAUGAUGCUGAUCCAGCACUUAUUGUCAAGAGAUCAUGGGAAAUAGCACUUGGUUCUGUGAAAAAAAUUCCUAUGAAUAUGUUUAUAAUGUACAUGUCUGGUAAUUCAAUCAGCCUUUUUCCUAUAAUGGUUGUUGGUAUGUUAUUUAUGGGUCCAAUCAAAGCAUUGUUUGGUAUUAAAGCAACAUUUAAUAUGAUCGAGGGAAAUCAAGCAGGAAUACAAAAGAUUAUUUAUUUUUUGGGCAACAUAGGAAAUAUAUUAUUAGCCUUAUAUAAAUGUGCUUCAAUGGGUUUACUCCCAACUCAUCCUUCAGAUUGGCUUGCUUUUGUUCAGUUGCCACAGCAAUCCGAAUACUCUGGUGGUGGUUUUGUUUUGCAUUAGAAUACCUAUUUCAAAUAUUUUUUUACACUUUAUUAAAUUAUUUAAAAAUACAUUACAUUUUUAUAUAUCAUAUAUGAUAGAAAUAUACACUAAUACUGAAUAUUGUCAUUCUUACUUUG